AUGAAAAGGUUAAUUGAAAAGAAUGUAAUUAAAAUAAAUUAUAAUACUUUUGUAAAUCAAUAUAAAAAAGCUUUUAAAUGUGAAAAAGAUAUAAUUGAUGAAGAACUAUAUGAGCAUUUUAUUAUAAAUCCUUUUACUUAUUCUAGACCAUUUGGCUGUUUACUUCCUAACUAUAACAACACAGAAACCUAUUAUUUAAAUGGGAUAAAUAUUUUUGAAGUAGUAGAUUAUGUUAGCAUAAAUGAACGUUUGUAUAAAGUUGAAAAUUCUGGAGAUAAUGAAGAUGAUAGUGAUCAAAAUGAUGAAAGUUUCAACUUUCCCGAUAAUUCAGGAAAUGAAGAUACAAUAGACUAUAGUAAUAGUGAGGAGGAAUAUGGAAAUGGAAAUAAAAAAGGGAAAAAAAAUAAAAAAUCUAACAAAAAUAGUGAAAGUGUAAAAACUAAAGGAAACCAAAAAGGAACCAAUCGCAACAUAAACAAUAACAACACUACACAAGCAAAAAAAAGUAAUAAUAAAUAUCGAAGGAUCUUUCGAUUUUUAUUAUUUGAUGGUAAAUAUUUUAUUUAUGCUUAUGAAUAUGAAUAUAAUGAAAUUUUUAAUUAUCUUGAGACAAAUAAAUAUAAAUAUCCAAAAAUAAUUUUAUAUAAUAACCCAGUUAUUAAACGUAAAGUAAUAUUAUUAAAAAAAAAUCAAGUGAUAAUUUUAUUUAAAGGGAAUAUAACAACAGAACAAAAUACUUCAAGUAUAAAAGAUGAAGAAGAAUGUUAUGAUAUAGUUGACAUUAAUAAAAAAAGUUAUUUUAAUUAUACUAAUAAACAAGAGGAGCUUAUUCCAAUUUCUACAAAAAAUGAAUCAAAUAGUUAUAACUGGUCUGGAAAUUAUAAUAUGCCUAAUCAAAAUAGGCAUCAUAAUGAUAGCCCAAACUAUUUAAGCAGAGAAAAUAAUGUAAGACAUUUUUAUUACGAAGAUGACAAGUUUAAAAAUACAUAUACCAAUUCAGGCACUACCAAAGACGAACAAAAUUAUAAUAAUUUUUACAAUAACAAUAAUAGUGAUAAAUACGAUCAUUUUAAAAGUUAUACACCCCUAAACCAGGCACCCAACUUUAAUGAAAAUGCACAUAAUAAAAACUUUACUCAAACAAAUUCGCCAAAUAAUAAUCCAAACCGAAUGUGGAUAAAUAAUCAAUCUAACAUAAAUAAGGAUAUUUUUCAUACAAAUAAUAAUAAUCAACUAAUAGAUUUAACAGAGGGUUUUUUCUCAUCGAAAUUUUUUCAAAAAUCACCGGAUAUAAGUAACACAUGUGAUGAUGUUAUUAUUUUGGAUGAUUAA